GCUAUAAAUAAACCUCAUAGAAGACAAAUACACUUGCCCUUCUACUCUCUCUCUCUCUCUCUCUCUCUCUCUCCACAAAUCCCUUGCAUGUAAGUGCAAAGUGGUACCUCGUUGUCUUAGACAAGUAGACAACUGACAUUUCACUCUCUCUCUCUCUGGUUUUUCUUUACUUGUGCAAAUCUUGUGCUGGGAUUGUGCAGAUAGAAAUGGCGGCGAAUGAAGGUCAAGGAGGAGGGCUAGGAAAUCACCAAGGUCCACCUGGUUGGACAGUUGAAGCAAGGCCUCGCACCAACGAAAAGUAUUUGUGGAAAACUGAUUGGUUCUAUUAUGAACCAGGGACCCAGAGGCAAUACCGGUCCCUAAAAAAAGCAUGGGCUCGCUACGAGGAAACGAACCGGCAAAACCUUGAGGUCAUCGCACAAGAGAGGACUCGAUCACAUGGACUCGAAAAGGCAAGCUCACGAGACUUAGCAUCUUUCUGGCUAGCUAUUUGCUUCCGAUUUUCAAAAGCUAUUUACGCUAAACGAACAAAAAUUAUCAAUAGGACCGAGGAGUUUUCAGAAGAUAUUCAGAAGCAGUAG